AGUGAUCAGUUGAUAAGCCAGGCCUGCCAGGUGCUCGUAUGUAAACAUGGAGUUCUCUGGCUGGACUGGCAGACGUAGCAUUGGGGCAUGAAGAUGAAAGAUGAACUAGAUUUGACCUGGUCUAGGUGUUCACUUGACACCUUCUCCCCAGCCCCCAUGUGUACGGAUAAUGCUGGUGUUUGUUGGUUGUGUUUGCUUUUAAAAGGUCACUUUCGCUAUUGGUGCCUUAUUUAAGGCAGAGAGGUUGGUGCAUCAGAGGAAUUGCUCUGUCUCUCUGUGUGAAGAAGUUUCUGAUACUGAAAUCUGCAGCUGAAAACCUCAGACACUGGAACCACGGACCAGUCAACAAUGAAACAAUUCGCUCUCCUGCUGCUCCUCAUCCACGUGACCAGGGGCCGCCCUUGCGAUGGGAGCGGGGGUGCUGCUGCACUGAAGCUCGCCAUCCGCGACCUGCUGGAAAAGUGGGAGGACACGUACGUCAGCCCGAGCCCCCAGAGUAACCAGACCUACCAGAGCCUACCCCGCAGCUGCAAGCAAAUUAAAGCCACCCAGAUCAGGGCUGCAGAUGGGAUUUACACCCUGCGCACCGAGAACGGCGAGACCUACCAGACCUUCUGUGAUAUGACCACCAAGGGGGGCGGCUGGACCCUGGUGGCCAGCGUGCACGAGAACAAUGCCUACGGCAAGUGCACCAAUGGCGAUCGCUGGUCCAGCCAGCAGGGGAACAAUGUCAACUACCCAGAGGGAGAAGGCAACUGGGCCAAUUACAACACCUUCGGCUCCGCAGUGGGCUCCACCAGCGAUGACUACAAGAACCCUGGUUAUUACGAUCUUCAAGCCCAGGACCUGUCCGUGUGGCACGUAACCAACAAGACGCCCCUGAAGGAAUGGAAGAACAGGUCCAUCCUGAGGUACCACACCGAGACCGGCUUCCUGCCCUCAGAGGGGGGGAACCUCCUCAGACUCUACCAGAAAUACCCAGUGAAAUAUGGCGCCGGCGUCUGCAAGACCAACAAUGGCCCCGCUGUGCCCAUCAUCUACGACUAUGGCGAUGCCCAGCAAACUGCCAGCUAUUACGCGCCAGCUGCCCGAACUGAAUUCGUCCCCGGCUACAUCCAGUUCCGCGUAUUUAAUACUGAGAAGGCAGCCAUGGCUCUGUGUGCUGGGGUGAAAGUCACCGGCUGUAACACUGAGCAUCACUGCAUAGGUGGAGGAGGGUUCUUCCCAGAAGGGAACCCGGUUCAGUGCGGCGAUUUCCCUGCCUUUGCCUGGGAUGGCUAUGGAACCCAUCAGCACUGGAGCGUAUCCAAGGAGAUGAUUGAAUCCGCAGUGCUGCUGUUCUACCGCUGAGUCCGGAAAGGCUGGCGUGACCCAGUGAACGACGCUGCUUCACUCCAGCUGGAGCUACUCCCUGGCUUUGAACUCAGACGUCUGCCAUGCAAAUAAAGAAUGUGA